GGGGUCACAGACAAGGAGGAAGGGGGGUUUGAAUGAGGCUGCAUUCCUGCUUGCACCACCAUGGCAAAAGCCUAAGCGCGGCGGAGCGGCGGGCGGCCCGCAAGGCCCUGCAGCGGCCUCACGGCCCGAAGGAUUUCAUCCCCGACGGCUCGGCCGAGCAGGCGGAGAAGCUGCGGCUGUGCCAGGAGGAGCAGUGGGAGAUCCUCUCCGAGGAGCGGGUGGAGCGGCUAGGGAAUCUGGUAAAAGCUGAGUGGAAGCCAGGACAAGGCAUCGUAGAGCUGCAGUCCCCUGCGGGGAAGUUCUGGCACACCAUGGGGUUCUCCAAGCAUGGCAAACAGUGCCUGCUGCCUGAGGAAGCUCUGUACCUGCUGGAGUGUGGCUCUGUUCAGCUCUUUUACAGGGAUCUGCCCUUGUCAAUCCAGGAAGCCUACGAGAUCCUGCUGUCCCAGGAGGCAGUGAGCCUGCCACAUUACCAGGUGUUCAGCCACUUGAAGCAACUGGGUUAUAUUGUACUGAGAUUCGACCCCAGCACUCUCCCAUCUUCCUACGAGAGGCAACUGAACCUGGAAAGUCACUGCCAGAGCUCUGGAAAACACCAUCGCAAAAGGAGGGGGAGUUCCAGCCCUGGGUCAUGUGAGAAGAAACUUAAGGUAUCUGAGGACCUUCGAGAAGCUGAAGGGGUCUCUAAAGAAGCUGGAGAUGACUGUGGAGGCAUUCCCAUGGAUGAAAAGCCCUUCUCAGUGCAACCAAAGGAGUUGGAUGCUGGCAGUGGAGAGGGGGAGUCAAAGCCUGUUCUUGAUACAGGACUAAAGGAAUCUGUGAGCCCCUCCAGCCGGGCUGGAGAUCACAAAGGCAGCACCAGUGCCCAUGCUCCCCGUUGGGAUUUUACUACCAUCACCUUGCCAAAUGUGGCCUCAGACCAGCCAUGCACAUAUCUGCCCUUACCUGCCAAGGGGCUGCUGCCAGAGAACGUGCCAGGGAGGGAGGUGGAUGCAGCUGGCUGGUGCACACGCAUCAAUCAGAAGCAGGAGAAGCUGUCACGGAAGGAGAGGGAGCAGCGAGACAGGGAGAGCAGGUAUAAGAGCAGUGUCAAUGCUGACCAGGAGGUGAGGUGCUGCUCCAACUGGAAGGAGUACAAAGCCCUCUUGGUGAAGAGAAGCCAGCAGAAGGUUUGGAAGCGUCCACCGCAUCUCUGGGACCAAGCUGUCACGCCACUUCUGCGACCGGAGGAAGCUACCUCCACAGCUGCACUUCUCCAGCAGAUCAGCGUGCUGCAGCCUUCCCACAUCCUGGAUGGAGCCUCCCGGCUGCAGGAGGACCCAAACGCCAUGAAGAUAGACUUCAAUGUGUAUCCAGCAGACGCUGUGGCCAAAUUUAAGAAGUCAAACCCAGGGAAGCCUUAUGUCAGGAUGUGUGUUCGGAGCUUUGACGAGCAGGUCCCAUCUCUUCGGGCUCUGAAGCAGGUUACCUAUCAGAGUGGGGACGUGCCAGUGGUCUUUGCUCUUGUGGAUCAUGGAGAUGUUGCCUUUUACUCACUGAAGGAAUUCAAGCUGCCAGUUGAUGUGAAUCACUGAAGUUACUGUCACUUGCAGAAAUGGUGCGGGAUGAAGGGAAGAGCUUUACUCAGGAUUAGUUUGCUUGAUUAAAGAAAUACUAGAGAAACUAGAGCCUCUGAUAACUGGAAUCUUGAGUAGCUGACCACUUCAUUAGCUGUUACAGACUUCACCCAGCCAGGUGGCUCAGGCAAAAUACCAGACUUUACAGCAGUUAAGUGAUAUGGCUUAGCUGGGCGUUUCUGGACUGGAAUACAGGCUGCUUUGUUCUUGAAGUGACUGGUUCUCUGCUUUCUCAUCUUGGGGACCACAGUCUGCUUCUUCUGUGUCAUCUUUGGCUGACUUGUGGACUAUUGGAAAACACUUUGCUGGUGAUCCUCUUGUCACAUAUUAAGAACCACUGUGCUACACCAGUCAAAUGGUUGGAGAGUCACGGAGGUCAAUCAGGGACAGAAUAAGCUGAUCAGACCAGUGGUGGUGUCCUGAGCCCCUGUCAUUCAGCUAAGCCAACAACUGCCAGAUCAGAUUCUGAUCUGUGAAAGGCACAGCCAUAAAACUCAGCCACUUGGAGUGAAGUUUCCAGGCACUUGAGAGCCACAGACUGUGCCUUGAAUGCUAUUUGAUCAGCUGGAGGUCACAGAAGGCCCCAGAGCGUUGCAGAUGGCGUUCGAGCUCCACACUGGAGCAUCUGUUCUGAGAUGUGUUUUGGCUAUGCGGCAUUGUGCCAUAUUAAAGUUUGGCCACCAGUAGCCUCACCAGGGCUGUGCUGCAGCUCCCUGGUUCAGCCUGACCUCCUCUUUCCUGGUUGUGGAGCCUUUUCUUUUGCAAGUGAGAGAUCCCAGAGUAAAGAAAAGCUACAACUUCCUCAUGAUGCUUUCAGUUCUGUGGCUGUUGUGCUCCAAAUGGGGGACAUUAUUUCUUUCCUGUGGGAGCUUCCUAACAGGAUAUCCAGGUACCAAAUUUGCUUUAGCCUCUAUGCAAAAGUGCUGCUGCCAGGUGCCAGGAGGUCUGCUGGCUGGGCAGUACUGUGCUGAGCAUGGCUGUGUGCAGUACUGAGGUUUGUAAUAGCAAUUGGUUUAGAUGCUUUUUGUUUGAUGAUAUUUUUUUUAGUUCCUUUGGGAGACUGGGAGAAGGCCAAACAAUAAAAAAGCCUUUUCCAGUGG